UAGUAGUAGUAGUAGUAGUAGUAGUAGUAGUAGUAGUAGUAGUAGUAGUAGUAGUAGUAGUAGUAGUAGUAGUAGUAGUAGUAGUAGUAUUCAUAGUAGUAUUGUCACUACCAUUGAUUUGAUUAUUACAAUGAAAUUUCAACAACAUCUAGGUAGUUAUCUAACACAAUCGAAUAGUAACCAAGUAGGUUAUUGAUUUAUUUGUUUAUUCAAAUUACAUAACAUCAUAUAUAUUUAGAUGAUUAUGGAACCAAUUCAACGAAUAUCUGGUAUAACAUUUUAUAAUAAGGUUAGUGGUAUAGCUUUAAUACAAUUAAUUAUCAUAUGGGGUAUGAAUACUACUGUCAUAUUAAUUAAUACAUUCAAGGAAUGGUUAACAUCUACAAACUGGUUUGUUGGAUUGUUUUUCUUUUUGGGACUCUUUAUUGAUUUGGAAAUCGUUCUGUUCCCAAGGGUACAAUUUAUUUUUCCAUUAAAUUAUAUACUAUUGAUACUUAAUUCAUUCAUUCUAUCAAUUCCAUUGACAAGGCUACUAUGUGAAUUGAAAAUGUUAUGGAUUCCAAGUAGUUGGAUUAUUACAUUGGGAAUAACAUUGUUAACUAUAAUAUUUGGCAAAUUUAUACGAUUCGAUAUACAAACAUCAUUGAAUAUAUUCUUUACUGCUAUAUUGACUUUACAAGCAAUAGUAUAUAUUGUUAUGAUUAUAUUAAAUUAUUAUGAUUACUUUGAUGUCAUUUUCAUUAUUUCUGGAUCAGGAAUGCUAUUGACAAUCAUUUAUGAAUUGGCAAUUGCAACUCAAGCAAUUUUUCCAGGUGAUAGACGAUUCAUAUUUCGUGAUAAUCAAUAUUUUCUAUGUGGAUUAGUACUUGCAACAAUAAUGAUAUGGAUGAAUAUGAUUAUUUCCAGUGAAAUAUUACUUAUAUACAAUCUAUUCAAUAGUACAAUGAAUAAUAAUACAAAUCAAUAUAUAUGAAAGAAACAAAUGGAUAUAUGAUGACUGGUCUAUGAUAGUUUAUCAUGUCGGUUGCUAUGUGAAGCCUUUAUACCUUAUUCUAACUCUUGAACAGCCCAAUCUAUUCAUUCUACUUGAGUCACAUUCUGAUCUUGUUAACUAUUCGCUUAACUGUUCUUAUAUGAGUAUAUAUACGUAUGCUCUUCUUAUCCUACUCAUCACAUGUUUGUAGCUUAUUGCUAUGUGAACGCUUGACUAAGUGGGGGGUGGGGGAAUAGCUCACAUGCAUUCUCCACUGCGCAUCCUUUCGAAUUCACUUUGCUCACUUUUCUUCCCUUACUUCGCUACGUUUCUGAGUAUCUAUUCAGAUUAAUGAUUGUACGAAAUAUAUGUAUUCAAAACAUU